CUUGCGGGAGGUUUAAACAGUCUGGUUUCGGUUCAGAGGAGUAAAGUUGUCUAGUUACUUAUUUUCUAUUGAUUUCUAACACGGAUUUUUAGGUUUCCUAUUUCAAGCAAAUACCCGGGAAGAUGUCAUACGAAGGGCCUCUGCAGGAGUUGCCCUGUCUGAAUGAGUAUUUGGAGGGAUCAAUGCUGUCCAUAUCCCAGAAGAGCAAACGGAAAAAGAGAGAACGCAUCGGAGACGGUCUGGACACAGAGAACACCCCACACGAGCUCAUUCACCAGUGGUCACCACCUCACAAGCAGCGGGUGGUCUGCAAGGGCAAAGAGAAUGAGGAGAACCAGUUUGUGCUUGCCAGGCGACCAAGGAAAAGGAGGGAGUUCUCAGGCUUGUCCUGGGACACACUACCAGAUGAGUUACUGUUGGGGAUCCUUUCCUGCCUUCCCCUGCAGGACCUCCUCCGGAUGUCCCGGGUCUGCAAGCGCUGGCAUCGCUUGGCGUUUGACGAGUCUCUGUGGCAUAGUGUGGAUCUUGUAGGGAACCCCCAGCUGGAUCAAGCUCUUGGGCAGGUGCUUGUGGCUGGAGUACUGGGACUACGCUGCCCCCAUACCUGCAUUGGAGAACCACAUUUCACCCACACACGACACCUGCGUGUCCAGCACAUGGAUCUCUCCAGCUGCACUGUCUCAACUGUGUUUCUAGAUGACAUCAUCUCCCGCUGCAGGCGACUAGAGAAUCUAAGCUUGGAGGGACUGGAGCUCUCUGACUGGAUCAUUCAGUCCCUAUCCCAGAAUACUGAGCUGGUACGGCUCAACCUGUGUGGCUGCUCUGGCUUCUCACCCGACUCGCUUGGUGAGAUGCUCAAAUCCUGCUCACGGCUUGAAGAGUUGAACUUGUCAUGGUGUGACUUCAGUACUGAUCAUGUGAAGGCUGUUGUCAGUAACAUCCCCUCCAAUAUCACCCAGCUCAACCUUAGUGGCUACAGACAGAACCUUACUAUGGAAGAUCUGAAAGACUUGGUGGAGAGAUGUCCUCACCUUGUAAAUCUGGAUUUAAGUGACAGUGUUCUGAUGACGACAUCAAGUUUCCCCAUCCUCCAGCAGCUGCAGUCUCUUAGACACUUAGCGUUGAGCCGUUGCUACCAGAUCCACCCUGCUGCCUUAGCUGACUUUGAGAAGUUUCCAGAGCUGCAGACGUUAGAGGUGUACGGGCUGGUCCAGGACACUUACCUGCCAAUCCUGAGUAAAAGUUUGCCCCGUCUCCAAAUCAACACCCGGCCAUUCUCGGGCGUGGCCCGUCCCACCGAGGCCACCCGGCGGGACCGCGCCAUGUGGGGUAUGACCUGUCGCCUGGUGUUCAGGUCCUAGUCACAACGCUGUCAUAACUUUCUGUUUUGUUGUGCUUUUGGCAACACUUAUUUUGUUUUUAUAAUGGCGGGCAUUGUUUCAAAGUUACUCUAAGGUCAGUAAUAGAACAUGGCCUUCAUAUGCACAGUAGUGGGAAUUCUAAAUGCCGGUAGAUUGCAUUUCUCCACAUUAAUCUUACUUGAAUAACAUGCAACUGAAUUCUUAAGAUUUUAAAAGGGUACCUGUUUUAGACAAUUUAACCCUGAUAAUGUUGAAGACUGAGUGUAGUCGUAAGGGAAAUGCCUUUAUUUUUUACUUGCUAUAAUAUUACAUUCUGAUUUAUAGGAUACGUUAUCAGGAUCCUAUGACCUGUCCAAUAUAUUGACUUUCGAACAUUCCAAAGACAGAUCUGUUGGAAAAAAGGUCUGUAGUUAAGCUUGCCAAACAAAAAAAAUCUUGAUAAUGUUGGUUCGUUCUGUAACGUUUCACUAGCUGGAUAUAGGAAAGUUAAUUUCAGUUCAGGUCUAUCAACUGUAAGCCGGGUUUGCCAGAAAGACAAGCUAGGAAGAUUGGUCUGUUAGACUAAUGCAUAGGUGCUCUACCAUUAGCAGUUGGCAUCUUUCCCUCCAUGAUGCAAUGAUUUGGAAUUCCCUCUUCAGUGUUUUAUAAAAUACAAAUUCAAUCUGCAUUUUAAGGCCCAGUUUUAACAAUGAUGUCAUUUACUUGAUCUAUUUUGUUUUGUAUUUUAAAGUUGGAAACCAUAAGAAAUCAAUGAAGCCACGCUGUUCGUAUUACAUUUUAAAUCCAGCUCUAUGUCCGUUUUGACUGAAUGAAAGCUGAGGCGGCUCUAACAUAAAAUAUGCUAGAGCCGUUGGCAUUUUUGUGGAAAUUAACAUUUUUAAUCUUGUGCCUAAAUUAGGUACGAUAUGAGAAUGUGCACUACACCUAUGUAGUAAAUGGUAGCCUUGGCCACAAGGGAGCAGUAGUUAUGUAUCGGUGCCAUGUUUGGUAUGUUUCCUGUUCGUGCUCACAUUUCUUUGAGAAACUUUUUUUCCUUUCUAUUCAUGUGUUUUAAAAAUAAGAUUUACUAUGUUAAAUACUAAAAUGUGAAACUUACCAAUUUUAUGUAAAUAAAUGUUUUAUUUAAAGUUG